GUGGCGGUGGAGGAUGAGGGAAGUAAGGGGAGCUCCUUUGGUCAAGGAGGUCUCGGAGCUACAGAGAUGUCCCAAGACCUUGAAUUUGUCCGUGCUCUAUGGGAAGACAGUAUUUUCCCUGGGCGACGACUGUGGCCUGACGCAGGAGGCUCAG